AUGACUGAUGCAGGCAUUUUGCUAAUGAGUAACAAGGGGAAAAUUGGUUACAGCAAUCCCUAUAAUUUUCGUUAUGGGUUCAUUCCGCGCCCAUUUCAAAAGCCUGGAUUUGGCAAAACAGCCAUGUCUAAUAAUGUAAGCGGACAAAGGUGGAUGCAAAAUUCUGAAGUUAGAGCUGCAUUACAGUACCUCCGAGGCUUGGAAUCAAAUGGUGCAGAAAUGUUUUGGAGGCACAAAGUUGAUGAGGAAGGUAGACUUCAACAUUUGUUUUGGUGCGACGGAGAGAGCCGUGUUGAUUAUAAACAAUUUGGUGAUGUGCUGGCUCUUGACACUACUUAUGGGAAGAGUGAUAAGUACUUGUAUCCGGUAGUGGUGUUUUCAGGGGUUAACCACCACACUCACACAACAGUAUUUGCUAGUGCUAUUAUUGCUGAUGAGACUGAAGAAACAUAUGUGUGGCUGUUUGAACAAUUCAGGGAAGCAAUGGAUGCUAAAUCACCGGAGUUAGUUGUUACGAACGGUGACGCUCUACUGAAGAAUGCUAUUAGUAGAGUAUUUCCAAAUGCUCACCACAGGUUAUGUGCUCAAGUAAUAUUGCGCAAUGCAAGUACAAAAGUUAGAAACCCAGAGAUGACUGCACAGUUGAAAGACCUUAUGUUGUCCGAUUAUGAGGUUAUUGAGUUCAAUAGUAAGUGGGGUGAAAUGGUUGCUCAAUUUGGCCUUGAAGACCAUAGUUGGGUUAGAGACAUGUAUGAGAAAAGGACGAUGUGGGCAACUACGUGUAUGCGAGGUAGAUGUUUUGUUGGUCAUAAGGCUACUGCUCGAUGCGAGGGGUUGUAUGCUAAAUUUGGGAGGAUGGCACGUUCUUGUCUUAACUUGCUAGACUUUCUGCAACACUUUCACCAUUGCCUUGAUGAGCAGCGACACAAGGAGCUAGAAGCUGACUUCAAAUCGUGGUAUGGUGAACCGGUUUUGAUAACGGCAUUGAAACCAUUGGAGAGGUCUGCUUCUAGGUUGUUCACAAGGGAGGUCUUCUUCUUAUUUCGCGAUGUGCUUGUUAGGACAGGCAGACUGAAUUUUGAUAUUGGAUGUAGACCGCUACCCAUUUACACAGUGACUGAUUAUUGUCAACCAGGUAGGGAGUGGCGUGUGUCAGUUUCUCAUGAAACCCUCCAAUUUAAAUGUUCUUGUUUUAGGAUGGAAACUUUUGGAAUUCCAUGUGAUCAUAUAGUUAAAGUGAUGGUUCAUCUAGACAUACCUGAGAUGCCAACAUCUUUAGUGCUAAAGAGAUGGACCAAGACUGCAAAGAAAAUUGUCAAAGGGACCUGUGAUGGAGGUGAUGGAAACUCUAUUUCAUCGGAAGAUAAUGUUGAGGAUGAAUCUGAUGCGAAUGAUAGUCCACCUUUUAAGAGGCAUGCUCAAAAUAAUGUGGAUUACAAAUGGUGA